CCCCUCUCCUUCGCCCGCACACGCACGUCCGCUCUCGUCGUCUUCGAUUCGCCACCUCGCUUCCCCGAACCGCAGUCAUGCCCAACAUUGCCGGGAAAUAUACCCUGGAGUCCUCCGAGAACUUUGAGGAGUUCAUGAAGGCACUUGGCGUGGGUAUGAUGCUCCGCAAGCUGGGCUCCAGCUCCAAGCCCACGGUCGAACUCAGCGAAGAAAACGGGGUGUGGACAAUGAAAACGAGCACCACCAUGAAGACGACGGAGAUCAAGUUCAAAAUCGGGGAGGAGGUUUCGGAGACAACUUUCGACGGCAGGGAGUGCAAGACAACAUUCACAAUGGAAGGUGACAAGUUAAUCCAGAUUCAGAAGGCGACGAAGGGGAAGGACUGUAAAUUCACGCGAGAAUUUACAGAUACACAGAUGAUCAUGCUCUCCGAGUGCGAUGGCGUCGUGUCCAAGAGGAUCUACAAGCGCCAGUGAGUCUGCUGUCGGAGGUCUUCCAGCUGACCCCAUGACGUCAGACCGUCAGCGGCUUGCUUAUCAGCGAGCUUUGCUGUUCGCUUUUCUCUCUUGCUGUUUUUCUUUGCUCUCUCAUUUUCACUUUAUUAAUUAUAGUCUUACGUUCCCUUUUUCUCUCACUCUCUAUUUCAUUCCAUUCCUUUCUCUUUAUUUUCUCUCUCUCUCUUCUUAUUCUUGAACUUCCAUUUUUGGUCCUUGUUCUUCCACCCGUGUUUCCGCUUCUGCCUUUUGUUCUUCCACGUGUUUCUUCUUCACUGCUUUUUCCGUUUAUACGUAUCACUAGUUAGUGUUCACGCACUAAAAUAUGGAUUGUGUAAACGGAAUAAGCCCUUGAAUUCUCGAUAUUUUGUGUAAACCUUUGCUUUGUUAAAAAAGGAGAAAAAAUCAAGUUUUACUUUUUUGGCUUCACAUCAACAUAUGCUGUUUCAUUUGGCUGAAAACGAGUUUUCUUUUUUAUUUAAGAUCAUAAAUAUAUAAAAAAUA